AUGCAUCAUCUUUGGGCACCCCGCAUCAUCUUGGGCCUAACCGCCGCCGCGCUAGCGACGGCGGCCGACCUGCCAACCAAGCGCGGCCUCGCAUACAUCCAAGACGAAAACACAAACCCCGACGACAGCCGCAUCAUGCUGUCGGACGAGUCGCUCAUAAGCUGGUACUACACGUGGUCGCGCAACAUGGCGCGGGCGGUGGGCGACUCGGUCAGGUUCGUGCCGCUGCUGCACAACCUCGACGACACCAGCGACCGGCAGCUCGCGUCGACCCUCGACCGCACGCCGGAGUCGUCGACGCACCUGCUCAGCUUCAACGAGCCCGACGGCGAGACCGACUCGGGCGGCUCGGCCAUCUCGCCGCGCGACGCCGCCGAGGCCUACAUCCAGCACAUCGCGCCGCUGCGGACCGAGUCGGGCGACCGCAAGAGGACGUGGAAGGUCAGCCACCCGUGCGUGACGGGGUCGCCGCGCGGGCUGGACUGGCUGCGCGACUUCAACGAGUCGUGCUGGGACAUUGACAAGGACAACGGGUGCCCGACCGACUUUGUCGCGGUGCACUGGUACGGCGACCAGUACGGCCUGCGCGGGUGGCUGGGCGACGUGCGCGACCUGUACAGCAACGGCAAGGACAUGGCGGGCAGGGGCGUCGACGGCAAGGACCUCAAGUACUGGGUCACCGAGAUGGCCAUGCCCAAGGCCGACGACAAGACCACCUUUGCCAUGAUGAACGAGAGCCUCGACUACCUGGACAAGCAGGACUGGGUCGAGGCCUACGCGUGGUUCGGCGCCUUCAGGUCCAGCAACGCCAACGAGUGGACCGGCAACAAGGUCUCGCUGCUGGACUCGAGCGGCGGCCUGACGGACAUUGGCGCGCUGUACCUCGGCGGCGAGGAGAGGGGCUUCAAGAAGGGCAUGGGCGGAGUACGCAAGGGUGUUUUGCAACGUACAUAG